UUUGGAAAAGAAAGCUUAGGAGUCUUAAUUACCAACUAACUAUUUCCAACCAUAAAGAUUCCAUCAUUUUCCUCCAGAAAUCACUCCCUUCAUAUCAACCGACACCAUUCCCCCAAAAAAUUCAUAACAAAACAUUAAACCACCACAAAAACCACCCAAACAAUGGAUCCUUACGCAUUCCUCAAAAUUGCAAGAAACCCAGACGGCUCCCUCUCAAGAAACCCACCGUUCCCCGACGUAGCACCACUCGACCACCCCACCUCCGAUUCCAACUCACCCCAACUCGCUCUCUCCAAAGACAUAGUUCUCAACCCAUCAAAUAAAACCUACCUUCGUCUCUUCUGCCCUCUCCACCCGCCGCAGGAUUCCAAAUUGCCGCUCAUCAUCUACUUCCACGGCGGUGGCUUCAUCCUCUACAGUCCCGCCUCUAUUUUGUUCCACAAUUCUUGCGAUCAAAUAGCUUCCCUAAUCCCCGCUUUAAUCCUAUCCGUCCAUUACCGUCUCUCUCCGGAGCACCGUCUCCCCGCCGCUUACGACGACGCCAUGGAGGCUAUCCUGUGGGUUAAAGAUCAAGCUCAGGGAAGCGUCACAGACGGCGCGUGUGAUCCCUGGUUAAAAAACCAUGCAGAUUUUUCAACGUGUUUCUUAAUGGGGAGUAGCUCAGGAGGAAAUAUUGUCUACAACGCGGGUCUACGUGCAGUCGGUGGUGAUCUUUCUCCUGUUGUAAUCAGAGGGCUGAUAAUGAAUGUUCCUUAUUUCAGUGGGGUCCAGAGGACUGACUCUGAGAUGAGACUGAGGAACGAUAGGAUCUUGCCGUUGCCGGCUAAUGAUCUGAUGUGGUCGCUUGCAUUGCCUAAAGAUGUGGAUCGUGAUCAUGAGUAUUGUAAUCCGAUUGUUAAUGGAUCCAACGAUGAGAAAAUUCGUGGGUUACCGUGGUGUUAUAUUAGAGGAUAUGGAGGGGAUCCACUGUAUGAUAAGCAGAGGGAGUUUGCAGAGAAGUUGCAAUCUAACGGUGUGAAAGUGGAAACGUGUUUUGAUGAAGAUGGUUUUCAUGCUGUGGAGAUGUUUGAUUCUUCUAAGGCCAAGUCUUAUUAUGCUGAUGUUAAGGCUUUUGUUAAUCGUAAUUAUUGAUAAAAUUAGUAUUUCAUUUUGGUUUGUCUUAUUUUUUA